CCCACCUUUCUGCUCUGUCUGCUCCUGGAGGUGCAGAAAGGAAGGAGUUAAAUGGAAUCUGACAGUACCGCUUGGUGGGUCACCUUGAUUCUCAGGCUGGGUUCCUUCCCUUCUGCCAGAGGGAAGUGGUGGAGGGAAGGAGACUGGGAACCAGGAAUGGGGGAGGGUGGGGACCUGGCAGGCCCCACCUCCAGGACCACAGGAGCCGCCCCAGCUCAGAGGCUUGCACUGCCCUGAUGGCUUUCGACCCCAGCAGACGCCUCUGCCUGCUGCUGCCGCUGCUUGCCUGCUGCCUUGUGCCUGCCACCGCUGAUGGGAAUUCCCUGAAUCCCCUGAAUCCUCUGGUGUGGCUCUGGGCUCCCAAGACUCCUGAUUCCUUGGAAGGCCCGGUCUCGAAACCCCAGAUCAGUUCACCUGUGCAGUCCACAGAGAACCCCAUCACGCACGUGGUCCCCCAGGAUGGCCUCACGGGACAACAGACAACUCCUGCCAGCCCCAAGCUGCCCCCGGAGGACGAUCGGGAAGCCAGCCAGGGCGGCAGCCCUGCAACCCCUGCUGUCCCCAUUCCCCUGGUGGCCCCUGUUGCAAGCUCAGACGCGAAGGAGGAGAAUGUUGCCGGUGUAGGAGCCAAGAUUCUGAAUGUGGCUCAGGGCAUUCGGAGCUUUGUCCAUCUGUGGGAUGAGGACUCUGCUAAUGAGCACUCUGUUGGGAUUGAGGCUUCAGAUUCCUCAAUCCCUACAGUCCUCCCUACUCCUGCCGACCUCUCCAGUGCUCCCCAGUGGAGUAAGACCACUCUUGGGCUAAGCAGUGGUGUUCCAAGUUCUCCAGAUGCUCAGACAACUGAGGCUGUGCCCACCCAGCUGCCUCCCUUCCAGAGCAGCCUCCAGGCACCACUGGGAAGACCCUCAGUACCUCCAGCGUCCCCAGAGAAUGUUGCGGAGGAGGUGGGGCUGCUGCAGCUUCUUGGAGACCCCUUACCCCAGCAGAUCUCACAAAUCGACGACCCUCAGGUCGGGCCGGCCUACAUCUUUGGACCAGACUCCAACAGUGGCCAAGUGGCCCGGUACCACUUCCCUAAACUCUUCUUCCGGGACUUUUCACUGCUGUUUCAUGUCCGGCCAGCCACAGAGGCCGCAGGGGUGCUGUUUGCCAUCACAGAUGCCUCUCAGGUGGUAGUCUCACUAGGUGUGAAGCUCUCAGAGGUCCGAGAUGGACAGCAAAACAUCUCAUUGCUCUACACGGAGCCCGGUGCCAGCCAGACCCAGACGGGAGCCAGCUUCCGCCUACCUGCGUUUGUUGGCCAGUGGACACACUUCGCGCUCAGCGUGGAUGGAGGCUCUGUGGCUCUCUACGUAGACUGUGAAGAGUUCCAGAGAGUGCCAUUUGCUCGGUCCACACAGGGUCUGGAGCUAGAGCAUGAUGCUGGCCUCUUUGUGGGUCAGGCUGGGGCAGCAGACCCUGACAAGUUCCAGGGGAUGAUCUCAGAGCUGAAAGUACGAAGUACCCCCCGGGUGAGCCCAGUGCACUGUCUGGACGAAGAUGAUGAUGAUGAAGACCGGGCAUCUGGAGAUUUUGGAAGUGGCUUUGAAGAAAGCAGCACAUCACACAGGGAGGAUGUGUCUCUACUACCCGGGCUACCCCAGCCACCUCCUGUCACUUCCCCGCCCCUGGGUGGGGGCAGCACCACAGAAGAUUCUCGAACAGAAGAAACGGAGGAAGAAGCCACCGUAGAUUCUAUAGGAGCUGAGACCCUUCCUGGCAUAGAUUCAAGCAGUGCGUGGGGUGAAGGUGUCCAGAACCCCGGAGGUGGCUUGAUAAAGGGAGGCCUGAAAGGACAAAAGGGAGAACCAGGUGCUCAGGGCCCACCUGGCCCAGCUGGGCCCCAGGGUCCAGCAGGUCCAAGGCUACAGAGCCCCAGCUCACAACCUGUCCCUGGAGCACAAGGACCCCCAGGACCUCAGGGGCCACCAGGGAAGGAUGGCAUUCCAGGAAGGGACGGUGAACCGGGUGACCCUGGUGAAGAUGGGAGACCGGGUGACACUGGACCUCAAGGCUUUCCAGGGACCCCAGGAGAUGUGGGCCCUAAGGGUGAGAAGGGAGAUCCUGGUGUUGGGCCUCGAGGACCUCCAGGACCUCCAGGGCCACCAGGACCCUCCUUCAGACAGGACAAGCUGACCUUCAUUGAUAUGGAAGGAUCCGGUUUCAGCGGAGACCUAGAGAGCCUCAGAGGCCCACGAGGCUUCCCUGGCCCCCCAGGACCCCCUGGUGUCCCAGGACUUCCUGGUGAGCCGGGGCGCUUUGGGUUCAACAGUUCCUAUGCACCAGGACCUGCAGGCCUUCCUGGUGUGCCCGGGAAGGAGGGACCCCCUGGUUUUCCUGGUCCCCCGGGACCUCCAGGUCUUCCAGGCAAAGAGGGCCCACCAGGAGUGGCCGGCCAGAAAGGCAGUGUUGGCGAUGUAGGCAUCCCAGGACCGAAGGGGAGCAAAGGAGACCUCGGGCCCAUCGGUAUGCCUGGAAAGUCUGGCUUGGCUGGACCUCCUGGACCAGUUGGACCCCCAGGACCUCCUGGGCCUCCAGGGCCACCAGGACCAGGAUUUGCUGCUGGAUUCGAUGACAUGGAAGGUUCUGGAAUACCCCUCUGGUCAACAGUCCGAAACUCCGAUGGGCUACAGGGACCUCCAGGGUUGCCAGGACUCAAGGGGGAUCCUGGAGUGACAGGGCUGCCUGGAGCUAAGGGAGAAGUCGGAGCAGAUGGAGCCCAGGGCAUCCCUGGUCUUCCAGGAAGAGAGGGUGCAGCUGGGUCCCCGGGGCCCAAAGGAGAAAAAGGCAUCCAGGGAGAAAAGGGAAACCCAGGAAAAGAUGGAGUGGGCCAGCCAGGCCUUCCUGGCCCUCCAGGACCUCCAGGGCCUGUAAUCUAUGUGUCAAAUGAGGGUAGGGCUGUCGUGAGCACGCCAGGACCUGAGGGCAAGCCAGGGUACGCAGGCUUCCCUGGACCUGCUGGACCAAAGGGUGACCUUGGUUCCAAAGGCGAGCAGGGUCUUCCGGGGCCCAAGGGUGAGAAGGGAGAGCCAGGCACUAUCCUUAGCACUGAUGGCAGAGCUCUGGGUCACGCCCAGAAGGGAGCCAAGGGAGAACCAGGCUUUCGAGGACCCCCGGGUCCUUAUGGACGGCCUGGGUACAAGGGUGAAAUUGGCUUCCCUGGACGGCCGGGUCGUCCCGGAACGAAUGGCUUAAAGGGAGAGAAAGGGGAGCCUGGAGAUGCCAGCCUUGGGUUCAGCAUGAGGGGACUGCCUGGCCCCCCUGGGCCUCCCGGCCCCCCAGGUCCUCCAGGGAUGCCCAUCUAUGACAGCAAUGCAUUUGUGGAGUCUGGUCGACCUGGACAACCAGGACAGCAAGGUGUUCAGGGGCCUUCAGGACCAAAGGGUGACAAAGGAGAUGUGGGCCCACCUGGGCCACCAGGGCAGUUCCCCAUAGACUUCUUCCAACUGGAAGCUGAAAUGAAGGGGGACAAAGGAGACCGAGGGGAUGCUGGACAGAAAGGAGAGAGGGGAGAACCUGGGGCUCCUGGUGGUGGAUUCUUCAGCUCAAGUGUACCUGGCCCACCCGGCCCCCCUGGAUACCCUGGAAUUCCGGGUCCAAAGGGAGAGAGCAUUCGGGGUCCACCUGGCCCUCCUGGCCCACAGGGACCUCCUGGCAUUGGCUAUGAGGGGCGCCAGGGUCCCCCAGGACCUCCGGGACCUCCAGGACCUCCCUCUUUCCCUGGCCCUCACAGACAGACUGUCAGUGUUCCUGGUCCUCCAGGCCCACCUGGCCCCCCGGGUCCCCCAGGAGCCAUGGGUGCCUCUGCUGGGCAGGUGAGAAUCUGGGCCACAUACCAGACCAUGCUGGACAAGAUCCGUGAGGUGCCGGAGGGCUGGCUCAUCUUUGUAGCCGAGAGGGAAGAGCUCUACGUACGGGUUAGAAACGGCUUCCGGAAGGUGCUGCUGGAGGCCCGGACAGCCCUCCCGCAUGGGACGGGCAACGAGGUAGCGGCUUUGCAACCCCCAUUGGUACAACUCCAUGAGGGCAGUCCAUACACCCGGAGGGAGCACUCCUACUCCACGGCACGACCCUGGCGAGCAGAUGACAUCUUGGCCAACCCACCACGUCUGUCAGACCACCAGCCUUACCCUGGUGUUCCACACCACCACAAUUCUUAUGUGCACCUGCCGCCAGCCCGCCCCACGUCCUCACCCGCCCACACUCACCAGGACUUUCAGCCGGUGCUCCACCUGGUGGCACUGAACACCCCACUGUCUGGAGGCAUGCGUGGUAUCCGUGGGGCAGAUUUCCAGUGUUUCCAGCAAGCCCGAGCCGUGGGGCUGUCUGGCACCUUCCGGGCCUUCCUGUCCUCUCGGCUGCAGGACCUCUACAGCAUCGUGCGCCGUGCUGACCGAGGGUCUGUGCCCAUCGUCAACCUGAAGGACGAGGUGCUAUCUCCCAGCUGGGACACCCUGUUUUCCGGCUCCCAGGGUCAACUCCAACCUGGGGCCCGCAUCUUUUCUUUCGAUGGCCGAGAUGUCCUGAGACACCCAGCCUGGCCGCAGAAGAGCGUAUGGCACGGCUCAGACCCCAGUGGGCGCAGGCUGAUGGAGAGUUACUGUGAGACGUGGAGGACUGAAACUACCGGGGCUACAGGUCAGGCCUCCUCCCUGCUGUCAGGCAGGCUCCUGGAACAGAAAGCCGCGAGCUGCCACAACAGCUACAUCGUCCUGUGCAUUGAGAAUAGCUUCAUGACCUCUUUCUCCAAAUAGGGCCUCUGCCAGCUAGGAUGGCGGACAGAGGCGAUGCAGGACUUUGACACAGUGCAGGGAGCCUCCAGCCAGCACUCAGGGCCUGGCUGGGAUUCGAUCCUGUCUAGUUCCCAUUUUAUGUAACCCUCAAGAAAUAAAAGGAAGCCAAAGAAUAUAUUUUUUUAAACAUUUAAAACAGACUUCCUGCCCUUCCUCUCCCACUUGAACUGGCCAGCCUGUGUCACAGUCCCCUCUUCUUCCACGCUUGGUAGAGCUUCCUGGUGAAGUUGGACCAUAGUUGGGUCUCAGCAGGAGGCUGACGACCUAGAGUUGCCACCUCAGAGCUGCAGGCUUUCUCUAGCCUGGCAUCUUUCUGAGCUGACCGUUCACAGAGCAGUCACGAUGCCCGUGCUGAGGACAGCACAGGGCAGUACAGGCUCCCCUCUCUCACUGCCCAGUGGCUAUGCCAGUUGUACAGAUGGGCACUUGCUCAUCGAGGUGGUAACUGGGUCUACUCAUGCUUGAGCAGUGGGAGCCAGCUCUCCUGACUCCCCCACAUGUCCUGCCAGGGCAGGUUCCCAAGUUCAAUACUCACUGUCCCCCCCCCCCCCCCCGGUCCGCCCCCCCCCCCCCCCCCGUUCCCUGUCACCAGGCCAGGAAUGUGGCCAGACUUAGCCCGUGUGCUCAUUUUUCCGAGGGCCUGACAUGACAUGGGGCCCAUCCUCAGGUCUGUCUCUCAGACUGGCCUCUCUGGUGAUCCCUGAGAUCCCGUCCAGAGCGGGACCCAACCCCAACCAAGCCCAAGUGCCAGGGUAAGGCAGCACCUCGCUCAACAGCUUGAAGUCCACAGAUCUCAUCACAGUCGCUGCACAAAGCACUUGUCCUAUGGAGGGACUUGUGUGCUCAGGGUCACAAGUGGCCAAUCAAAGCCACUGUGCCUGCCUAAGGCUCUGCUGUCCAAGGAUUGGGACAAUCCAGUGGGGCUGGUUCUGUGACAAUGUGUGAUAUGAAGCCAUUUCAAAGAGGCAGCAAAUAAAGAUGACCUUUUAUACAGACA